AGAAGAGGGAGAGAUGAGAUUGAAAUGGGCGGUAGAUUUUGGGUCGAGGUUUGAUGCUGAGAGGAAGAAAGAUGAUGGGGAAGAGUAGAGCAGCGAUCGCAUUUUGGGUCUUUUAUCUUGCUUCGGAGAUGGUUGGAUUCAGCAGAGGAGAUGGUCUGUACGCGGAAAAGCAGAAGAGCUGUACUUACACUAUCAUGGUAGAGACCACAUGCACCCAAGGUGCCGGAACGUCGGACCACAUCAGCCUCCGGUUCGGCGACUCAAACUCCAGUGACGUUUUGGUGCAUCACCUCAACACCAAGCACCUGCGAAGAGUGGAUGGCGAGCAUACGACCGUCCUCGACGACGUUCCAAGACAGCCGUUCCGAGCAUGCAACGUCGACCAGUUCCAUGUGACGGGCCCGUGUAUGGAGUCGCCCGUGUGCUACCUCUUCCUCAAACAGAGAGGGAAGGAUGGUUGGCGGCCCGGUAUGGUGCAGGUGCUCGUGCCAGGAACGUCCCCAUACUCCUCCCACACGUUCUACUUUCGCCGAUACCUCCCUUGGAACGUGUGGCACGGAUCUGACUCGUGUGACACUAAGGUCACUCCUUUUGGGAUAAAGCAUACUAGGAAGAUGUUUGGUGAUAAGAACAAGUUAGUGACCAAAGUAUUAUUUUAAGGCUAAUGAAAUAUCCACAGGCACAUGUGCAAUUAUGGAACACGUGUGUGAAAUCUGAGCUUUCUAUAAUGUUGGAAAUAAUGCUUAUAUCUUCUGUCUAAAUAAUCAGAUAAUUUCACCCAGCAGGUGGGCCACAACAUCCUUUUCUAGCCAUUCAUUUGUUUUGAUAUGCUGCAUGCCACCUGAGGAUAGAAAUGGGCUGAUUUUUUAUGGCAGGAGAUCUAAAUAGUGCAGCUCACCUAUGGAAAUUCAGAUAUUUCACACGUGUCACAUUAUGACACAUGUGCCAGCGUGUGGAUGUGUACGGCUCCACAUCGCAUGUGGAAUUAGCAAACCUCACUUCAAUUAGUUUGUUUGUCAAGAACGAAACUUAGGAUUAUAUCUUGUAUAAUGUGUUUUAUUUUUUUAUGGCUAAUAAAUUAAUAUGAGGUUCGCAAA